AGGCUUAAAUACGUGCAUUUGAGCACAGUCCUUCUGCUAGUACUUUCUUCUUUCCGGUCUGAACCACUGCUUUAUAUUCUCAUAUAGGUGGUGAGGGAAUUAUAGGUGGCCAACAUGUCUGAAAAAAAGAUGACAUCGAGUCGCCGGCUUAAUCUCAAGAGUUUGUUGCUGUCCAUCGCAAAGAACUUGCUAGAGAAAGAAGCAGCUCAACUCAUUACAGAUAAACAGAACUACAUGGCUGAACACUGUCCUCCACUAUCCCUGCCCGGAUCUGCACCGGAACUGCAGGAUCUCUGCAAGAAACUGCACCAGGACAUCGACAGGAUCGAUGAGGAGAGAUAUGAUAUGAACUCUAAAGUGGAUAAGGCCAACAAAGAGAUUGAAGAUCUCAAGAUCAAAGUGGUCGACCUGGUGGGAAAGUUCAAGAAACCCGCCUUGAGGAAAGUGCGCAUGUCUGCAGACCAGAUGCUUCAGGCUCUGCUCGGAUCCAAACACAAGGUCUCUAUGGAUCUCAGAUCUAACCUGAAACAAGUCAAGAAGGAGGUCAAAGAGGAGACUGCAGAGGUCGGCGACUGGCGUAAGAACGUUGAGGACAAAGCCGGCAUGGGCGGCAGGAAGAAGAUGUUUGAGGGCGAGACCUAAUUUUUUUCUACAUUUCUUUGUUUCAUUAUCGUAGGAAUUCUUCAGAACUGCACAGACCUUUUUGCCAACGCUGCCUCAAACAAGCAUUAAUUUCAUUAAUAUCUAUAGUCUUGAAAAAGAAAUGUAUCAUUGAAGACCCACUGCCAUUAAAUGAAUGCUUUUGAGUAAAAA